GGGAACCGGGGAGAGGCCCCGGGGAACCGGGGAGAGGCCCCGGGGAACCGGAGCGAGGGCGAGGGGGAGGCGGCCAGCGCCGGGCACAGCCCCCCCGGGCAGCCUGGCACGGCUUGGCACGGCCCGGGCAGCGGGCAGCACGGGCAGCACGGGCAGCACGGGGAGGUGACCGUGAGAACACCGCGGGUCAACUGCCCCGAGAAGGUGAUCAUCUGCCUGGACCUGGCUGAGGAGAUGGCAGUGCCCAAACUGGAGUCCUUCAAUGGGUGCCGCAGCAAUGCGCUGACGGUGGCCCAGAAGAUGAUCGAGAUGUUCGUCAGGACCAAACACAAAAUCGACAAAAGCCACGAGUUCGCCCUGGUGGUGGUGAACAACGACGCCACCUGGCUCUCGGGGUUCACCUCAGACCCCCGCGAGGUUUGCAGCUGCCUCUACGACCUGGACACCGUCGUGUGCCAGUCCUUCAAUCUGGACGGGCUCUUCAACCUGAUCCAGCAGAAGGUGGAGCUGCCGGUGACCGACAAUGUCCAGACCAUCCCCCCGCCCUUCGUGGUCAGAACCAUCCUGGUGUUCGGGCGCCCGCGCUGCCAGCCCCACUUCUAUCAGGUGCCCCUAUUUCUUUCUUUGACCGUCGUUUACCUCCACAACGGUGCCGAAUUUAACCCCUGGCUGUCCCCUGGCCAGGACAUGUUUGGGUUUUUCGGCAGCCUGGACACCAAGGGCACCAGCUACAAGUACGAGGUGGCGCUGGCGGGGCCGGCGCUGGAGCUGCACAACUGCAUGGCCAAGCUGCUGGCGCAUCCCCUGCAGCGACCCUGCCAGAGCCACGCCUGCUACGGGCUGCUGGACGGGGGGGACAGCCCCGAGGGGGACAGGGACACCCACUGAGGGGACAGGGCACCCGUGGGGGGACAGCCCCGAGGGGGACAGGGACACCCACUGAGGGGACAGGGACAGGGCACUCCUGGGGGGACAGCCCUGAGGGGGACAAGGACACGGCACUCCUGGGGGGACAGCCCUGAGG